CACAGUGACAGAUAUCAAAAAUUGUUACCAAAAUAUACGAGGGAAAUUAAUUAGGCAAACUAAUCAAACCUAAUUGAAAUCUUGUUAGUUUCAAAUAAACCUAACAAAAAAGUAUAUCUUAAUGGCUAAACUUCCGCCAAAACGGAAUAAUACAAAAAACAUAACUCGUGAAGAACUUCUUAAUUGGGACAAAAAUGACUUAGUUGAUAAAAUAAUACAAUUAGAAGCUCAUAAUUCACAAUUAAAAAAUAUAAUAAGUAAGAGAGGCAAUGGAGAUGAGCCGAAAUCUAGCGCAGAAGUUAACAAAAGGCCAUUUGAUUUUAAGAAAUGUCACUUCAGGAGAGUACUUUUAAGAAUAUUAUAUUUUGGUUGGAACUAUCAAGGGCUGGCAGUGCAGGAGGAUACAACACAAACAAUAGAACAUCAUUUAUUUAAUGCCCUGACCAAGUCAUGUUUAAUAGAAAGUCGAGAAACAUCCCAAUAUCACAGGUGUGGACGAACUGAUAAAGGUGUCAGUGCUUUUGGUCAGGUCAUAUCAAUUACCCUUAGAAGCAAGCAUUCCUCAGACCAACAGAAUACUCUAGAAUCACUAAAUUCAGAGUUGCCAUACUGUAAGACAUUGAACCGCCUUCUUCCGAAAGAUAUUCGUGCUGUAGCAUGGAUGCCAAUACCUGAUGAUAAACCUGACUACAGUGCCAGGUUUGAUUGCAAGAAGCGUCAGUACAAAUAUUACUUCCCACGAUUAAAUCUCAAAUUAGACAAAAUGAAAGAAGCCUGCAGUUAUAUCAUUGGUUUGAAAGAUUUUCGAAAUUUGUGCAAAAUGGAUGUAGGAAAUGGUGUUACAGAAUUUUAUCGAGAAAUAUUUAAAGCUGAUAUAAUUCCAGUAGAUAGAAAUUAUACAGAUCAACCUACAUCUAUGUACUGUCUACAAAUAGAAGGAAACGCUUUUCUUUGGCAUCAAAUAAGAUGCAUUAUGGGCUUAUUACUGCUUAUUGGGAAUGGAAAGGAAGAGCCAGAUAUUAUGUCUAAAUUAUUGGAUGUUGAAAACAAUCCGAGAAAACCACAAUACAACAUGGCGUUGGAUCUUCCAUUGAAUCUAUUUCAUUGUUCCUAUGAUUUAGAGAACUCUAAUGAAUGGAUUUACGAUUUUGAUGAACUCAAGUCUGUUAUAACAAUACUGCAAAGUGAUUGGACACUACAUAGUAUAAAAACAACUAUGAUUUGUGAUGUUCUUAAGCAGUUGGAGCGUGAAUAUUGUAAACUAAAUCAAAAAGAUAUUUCAGAAUUGCCUUACACUGACUGUUUGCUUCAAGGAGUUAAACCAAAGGUUUACACACCUUUAUUGAAGAGAGAAACAUGUACGAGUUUAGAAGAAAAAAUAGAAUACUACAAGAAGAAAAGAAAACUUAACUCCGAAUAAAAAUAUAUAUCAGUAAUCAAAAUGUAGGCAAGGCAAUAACAACUAAUGUAUUCGCGAGGUGUAAUAAAGAUUUUCAU